AUGCCAAGGAAAAAGAAAAAUGGUCAUAGCCCGGCAAGAGUGCCCGGGUUGUCAAACGAUAGCAACAGCUACUACCGAAUACCGGGAACUGACGGUGCGCCCCCGUCGAGAAGUGAAUUCAACACGGCGAGUAACUCUCCCUACCGCGGCGGCGGUACUAACAUGCUAGCGUCAACAAACUCAGGAGGCGACACUGCUACCUACCAGGACAAGGACGGGAUAGUGAGGAAGAUGAAGGAGAUGUUUUCACACCUGGACCCCGAAGUUCUUUACAUUGUGCUGGCCGAGUGUGACUUCAAAGUUGAGAAUGCGAUGGAUUCUCUUCUGGAGCUGUCUGUAGCAGCUGAGGGCAUCAGCCCCCUUCCUCCCCUCCUCUCUGGGUUCGAGCUUGCCGCAGCUCUCCUCAGCCCCCAACACAACCCCUCCAAACCAGACCCUCACCCCCCUACAGGGGCGACCGCUGUCCCCCUCUCCCCUCCCCGCCGCCCCUCCUCUCCGGAGCGAAGUGACCGGGACCUGACCACUGACUUGACCGAAGAGUUUGAUGUUCUGAUCGACCGUGAGCUGGAGAAUCUAACCAUACAGCAGGAGGCCGGAGAGAGGGACCACGGUGGUCUUCACUCCUCCUCCUCUCCUCCCUCCGUCCCCCUCCCUUCCCUGUCCUCCCUCCUUCAGCCCCCGCUGCUCCAGGCCAGCCCAAGAGCCUCAGCCUCCAGGAGGGGGCCCCCAGGGGACCAGCCAUGCCCAGACAGGGUGCUCUCAGCUGGGCAGGCUAGCGGAGCUCACUCCCCUGUCUCUGGCCUGAGCCUUAGCUUCUCUGGAGGAGCAGUGGGUGACCAGCGGCAGAGACCACUACUGGACUUCAGCCAUCUGACCUCAGCGCCAACCGAGACGGACAGAACUAAACCCAGCCUGCCUUUGGACCUGGGGGCCGCCGAUCGCCCCUCUGCAUUCCAGGCAUACAGGAAACUGGACCAGUCCACUGUUCCUCCAGAGGGCGGGCGGGCCGUACCACCGGGCGGCAGAGUAGGGGGGGCGAGGACGAAGACAAGCGUCUCAGGAGGAGGAGAGGAAGAGCGACUCAACAACUCGCCGUUCUGGAAUGCUCGGGCGUCGGAGUUCCAACCGCGUAUCCACGGAAACCAGGCAGGGGGGGGGCCGACCUUCAUCGUCCCUGUGGCGCUAAGCCCCUCCCCCUGGCACACCCAAGCCGCGCCCGCCUCCCACUGGUCGGCCCAGGGCCCUGUCAGACGAGCCCCUGUAAAAGCGGGCGCUACCAUCCCCGGGUCCUGGACAGGGGGUGUGUCUGCGGCUGCUGCUCCCAGAGCACCCCUCCUCUCUGGCCAACAUGGUAGACUCCGGCUGGAGGGGCGUGUCCUAGUGCUGCUCGGGGAGCUCCCGGGGUCGGGCAAGUCCACCCUGGCCCGGGCUAUGCUGGAACAGAACCCAUAUGGGGUGGUGCUGAGCACGGAUGAUUAUUUCUGUCGCCAUGGGGACUAUCGCUACGAGCCCUCAGCUUUAGGGAGGCCCACGAACUGGAACCACGCUAGAGCCAAGGAAGCGAUGGUGGCCUCUUCCUCUCCUGUCAUUAUUGACAACACCAACAUGCAGGGCUGGGAGAUGAAACCCUACGUAGCUAUGGCUCUGAGGCAGAACUACAAGGUUUUGUUCCGGGAGCCUUAUACCUGGUGGAGGAACAAACCCAGGGGAACUGGAGAGGUACCAAUACAGUUAUUACAACGUACUAAGCACAGUGUUCCAGCAGAGAAGAUCCGUCGGAUGAUGGAAAAUUAUGAACGUCACGUGACCAUUCACUCCAUCAUGGGGAGCUCCCACCCCAAACUACCGCCCAAGUCCUCAGACAAGGCCCACUGCGACCUGGUAGGAGAGCAGCGAUUGGUCCAGGGCUCUGAGAGGUCCCGCCCCAUGCUCUUCUCCUCUCUUCCUGACGUGUCGUCGGUCGGCCGCUCCGGUAGAGCCAGAACCCCGGGUCACAGCUCUGCCCACGGGUCCACAGAGUCCCUCCCCUCCCUCAGUAAAAUUCAGGAUGAGGGGGAUAUUGUUGGUUUGGGAUCGCUGGUCUCUGGACUGGGGAGGAAGAGGUGGGAGAGUCUGUGUUUACUGCAGAUUGCCAUGAGAGAGCGGGUGAGGGAUGGGGGAGAGAGGGUGAGGCCUGAGUUGUUGGAUUUUGUUGUUGACUGGCCUUCAGAGGAGGUGCUGGGACAAAGAGGAGGAGGAGGAGGGAGGAAGGGGAGGCGCGCUGGGAGGGAGGGAGAGGGAGGUGGUGAGGGGGAGGAGGCAGGUCACAGAGGCAGCCAAUCAGAAGGGCAUCCUGGUAGCGGGCCUCGUGUCACAGAGUUCCAGAAGCUUCUAGAGCUCUUACAGACAGGUGUUGACUCCUCCCCCCUGCCAACCUGCCCCUCCCCCAUCCUCUCCCCGAGCUCAGACCAUUCACUUGGAGAGCGGGGUGAGGCAGGGGGGAGGAGAGGGGAGGCUGAGAGCCUCAUAUCCAGUAGAGAUGGGAGAGACCAAGUCCUGAGUAGGGAGGAAUUACCUGACUGUGUGUUGGUUGACUCAAGCCUGCGGAGGGAACCAACCCAGGUGGUUGAAUCCAACUCUGUGGAGCAGCGGGAGGGAGAGACCAUUCAGGCCGCCGAGGAGGGGGGGACUCUGGGUUUAAUUGAGGAAGACUUGGUGGAGGUAGAGGGAAGCCAUCUUGGUAAGGUCAGUGAGUGUACUGAUAGUGACAGCCAUAUUGCUGAGGGCAGUGUGGAAGCUGGUGAAGGCAGCCAUGUUGGUGAGGUCAGUCAGAGUACUGAUAGUGACAGCCAUAUUGCUGAGGGCAGUGUGGAAGCUGGUGAAGGCAGCCAUGUUGGUGAGGUCAGUCAGAGUACUGAUAGUGACAGCCAUAUUGGUGAGGGCAGUGUGGGAGCUGGUGAAGGCAGCCAUGUUGGUGAGGUCAGUCAGUGUACUGAUGCUAGUGAGACCAGGGUGGAAGGUAAAGUCGGCCAUCUUGGUGAGGUCAGUCAGGAUCGGAGGCGGCAGAGUCGCAGGGCGGGGAAGCAGUGCAAGCUGGCUCUCACCUUCACACACAACAUCCCUCCCUCCCCCAAACCACAGAUAGACCUUGAUCCUAACCUCAACCCUGACCCCCAGCCCCACCGCCCCUCCCCUCCUCCCUUAUUGGCGGACACAGAUCGCUCCUCCCAGACCGACCCGCAAGACUUCGCCUUCCUCUGGCGUCUCGACCAUAAUCGUCACGACAACCCAACCGAUGCCAAACCCGUCGCCGCGGGAGACCACUUACCCCACAACAACGCCCCCACCGUUCUCCACGGCAACCCUUCCCGUUUCCUCCCAGAGGUAUCGGCGGCGGUCUCUGCGGGCGUUGCAGUUCACCCCUCCGGCCAGCGUGUGGUGCCGUACCGUGUGAGGCACGACAAGGGGAGCCAGGUGGAGGAGAGGGAACUGGAGGGGGGACGGACCAGACAGCAGAACCUCAUCAUUCUCAGACGCCAUUUUAAACUGGUCAACAGAGACACCCUGGAAGACCUCUAUGACAAGUGUCAGCAG